AUGUCCGAACUCCAAGAACUCGUAGGCUUUUUGGGCCAUGAAAAUACCGUGGUGAAGACUGUGGCGUUGCAAAACCUUUUGGGGUAUUCCGCCAGCAAUAAGGACGUUUUCAGACCAGAAGGAUUACAACCAAUCAAAGACUUGAUCAAAAUCACCCAGGAAAAAGGGGCCACUAAUCAAAAAAUUGCCCUCACGAUUUUGGUCAACGUCUCCGAUGUGUCAGAGGUCCGUCAACUUAUCAUCGAUGAUGAGGAAUACUUGAAGUACAUUGUUGGGGAAAUACAAAAUGAUUCACCGAACGCCGCGCUUUAUUCUAUGCUUCUAGCAAACUUGUCUUUCGAACCAACAUUCAAGCUCUCGAAGGAUCAAGUGGAAGUUUUGUUGGCCAAGUACGUCCUAAACCAACCUCAACAUGAUUACUUGAGUCUUGUAUUUGUCAACUACACCAACAAACUCGAGGGAAGAAACUUCUUUUUGGAAGACGAUAAUUUGUCAAGCAUUAUUGUCUUCAAUGACAGUGACAAUGAAAAGAGAAAAGAAGGUAGUGGGAAGCUUUUAAAGAACUUGUUGUUUAAUAUCGAUUCGCAUUUGAAACUUAUUGAAAAUGAUCAAAUCAAAUUACUCACUUACAUUUUAUCACCAUUGAUCUCCUCCAACUAUACCCUUGAUGAUGAUGAAGAAUUUGCCUUGCCAGAAGAAUUACAGUUCUUGCAAGACAAGCAGAUGGAAUCGAACCUUGAGUUGGUCGCGGUUUACUUGGAAUGCUUGCUAUUAUUGUGUACCACAAAACCAGUUAGAGUGGCAAUGAGAGAAGCCAGUGUAUAUCCUGUCAUCAGAGAAUUGCAUAAGACCGUGAAUGACCAAAGAGUCUGUGAAUUGUGUGAGGAAAUCGUGCAAUUUUUGGCCAGAGAAGAAGCACCAGAGCAAGAAGAGGCAAAGAUCACUGAGGAAGCGGACGAUGAUUUCUCCGAUGACGACGACAAGAUGAUUGAAGUUUUGUAG